AUGGGAAGAACAUUUUCAAAGACUCAAAUUUACGCAAUGCAAGAAAACCAACAACAACUACCUUGCAUUUCUUGCACCACCUUCAACAUUCUUGCUCCUAUAUACAAACGUCUUAACCAUGAGCAGGAUCAGAGUUGUCGUGAAAGUGAGUAUAGAGGAUGUUGGUUGGGUAGGAAUAAUAGGAUUUUGGAUUGGUUGUUGUUUGAGAGAUCUUCCAUUAUUUGUCUUCAGGAAUUUUGGGUUGGAAAUGAAGAAUUUGUUAAUUUGUAUGAGAAGAGACUCGGUGAUGCUGGUUAUAUUCAUUUUAAGCUCGGAAGGACUAACAACCGUGGUGAUGGUCUUCUGAUAGCAGUGAAAAAGGAAUAUUUCAAAGUUAUAAAUUAUAAGGAGUUGCAUUUCAAUGAUUGUGGUGAUCGAGUAGCUCAACUGUUACAUGUUGAGUUAGCUUUUCCACUUUCACAGUGUCAAAACAAUGGUGUUAGACAAGAGAUUCUUAUUGUCAAUACUCACCUACUAUUUCCUCAUGAUUCAAGUCUAUGCCUUGUGCGGCUUCAUCAGGUUUACAAGAUACUUCAAUAUGUGGAAUCUUAUCGGAUCGAAUACCAACUUAAGCCUUUAUCGAUUAUAUUAUGCGGUGAUUGGAACGGAAGCAAACGCGGACAUGUUUAUAUGUUCCUAAGGUCUCAAGGAUUUGUAUCAUCCUAUGAUACAGCACAUCACUACACUGAUGCAGAUGCUCACAAGUGGAUCAGCCACCGCAACCAUCUUGGAAAUACAUGUGCUGUUGAUUUCAUAUGGCUUCUGAAUCCUGAUAAAUAUCAAAAACUCGUAAAAUCGAGCUGGAGUGAAGCAGUUUUUGGCAUGUUCAAGUAUCUAUUGCAAAGAACUUCAAUGACAGAGAGUGCUGCAUUUGAUUUUCUAAAGAAUGAAAAUGAAGAUUGUAUUACAUAUGCUGGUUUUAGAAAAGCACUUCAACACCUUAACUUGAUUGGUCAUUGUUAUGGUUUGAGUGAUGAAGAGACAAAGGACUUGUGGUUUCAAGCGGAUAUAGAUGGAAAUGGUGUAAUUGAUUAUAAACAAUUUCUGUAUCAAAUAUGGAAUCCAACAGGGUCAGAUUAUCGAAGAGACGACAACAAGAACGAUAAGCAAGAUGAUGAACCAAACGAUGGUGAAGAAGAGGAAACAAUUGGUUUUAGUAUUAAAAAUGCAGUGUUGUUCCCUCAAGAGAUGGAGAAAGGUAGUUGGCCAGAAGACUAUUCCCUUUCUGAUCAUGCGAGACUAACGGUAGUCUUCACACCUAUAAGAAUUUCUUACUCUCACAAGAUUUCUUGA